AUCCAAAUUCAAACUAUAUAGACAAAAAAAAAAAAAAAAUUAUCGAAGAGUCUUAAAUUUGCUUAAUUAGGUCAAUGGCUUCAAUUUGUCAAUUUAAUUUAAUUUUGAUCAGUAGCUUUCUUGUGGGAUGCGUGCCCAAAGUUUCCAAAGAGUACUAAUUUCAGGUCAAUAAUCAAAAUGGAGAAGCAGAUCAAGAACAACAACUACCUCUUACCACUACUUCUCCUGUCCCUCUUCUUCCAACUCUCACUCUCCGAUAAUACUUCUCACAAACACUUUGUCUUUAUCCACGGAUCCUGCCAUGGCGCAUGGUCCUGGUUUAAACUCCUCCCUCUCCUCCAAUCCUCCGGUCACCGCGUCACCGCCCUCGACUUGGCCGCCUCCGGAAUCGACCAUCGAAAUCCGGACUCUGUCCGAUCCAUUUCCCAGUACUUCCAGCCUCUGACUGACUUCAUGUCAGCUCUCCCUCAGCACCAAAAGGUGAUCCUCGUCGGGCAUAGCCUGGGCGGAUUGGUCGUGUCGAAAGCCAUGGAGGACUUCCCGACGAAGAUUUCCGCCGCCGUUUUCGUCACCGCUACGAUGCCUGGGCCAGCUCUGAACAUAUCGACCAUUUAUUCGAAGGUAUUUGAGAGGAAUGAAUCAAUGAUGGAUAGCGUUUACUCCUACGGCGAUGGCCGGAAUCGGCCUCCCACUGCCUUCCUCUUUGGGUCGCGCUUUUUGGCUUCCAAAGUUUAUCAGCGCAGCCCAGCUGAGGAUUUAACACUGGCGACGUUGUUGAUGAGAGCAGUGCCAUUGUUCACCGAAAAAGACAUGUCCGAUGUAUUGAAGCUAUCGGAGAGAAAUUACGGUUCCGUCAAGCGAGUAUUCGUGGUGUCAGAAAUGGAUUUGGUUAGUAAUAUAGAAUUUCAAAGGUGGAUGAUUGAGAACAACCCACCUGAUCAUGUGGUGGAGAUAGAAGGAUCAGAUCAUGUGGUGAUGAUGUCUAAGCCUUUCCAGUUGUGUGCUCAUCUUCAACUCCUUGCUCAACCUAGACCUUAAUUACCCUUUUUAACUCAUCAAUCCCACAUCUCCUUUCCUUUAAUUCUCACUUAACAAGUAGUUUAUUGGCUGCCUUUAAUUAAUUAUUUGUUGUUGCAAUGAUAUAAUAUACUUAUAAAUUUAUAUAUAUUAUAACCCUCAUUUAAAAAGCAUAACUGGCAUCUAUAAAUGUAUAUAAACUGUCUAAUUACUUUGUGGA